UGUCAAAUCCUUGUCGCUUCCUCUUGUCAUGGAUGCUCGACCCCUUUCGUGCAAGUUUUCUCUUCUGUCGGAGUGGAGGUCACCUCUCGUGCGGGGAGGUUGCGUAGAUCUCCUGGUUGCUGCCAUCGCCCACGCCACAGGCCCGGAGGCCCCGCCCCAAGAAGAGGCGUGUCCGAUCCUAGAGUCCGCCGUCGCCGCAAUCCGACAAAUCACGAAGCUUGAAGGCGCCGGCCGGGUAUUGGUGGAUGCGGGUGGUUUGCCGCAGCUGCUGCGGCUGAGCCGUUCCGAGCGAGAAAACAUCCGGAGGGACGCCUGUCAGGCCCUCAAGCACAUGGGUCACAGAGGCAGAGCCAGGGAGAGGGACCUUUAAGUCCGAGAGCCAAGAAACCGUGGAGGGCUCGGCAUACACAGCUUGGCCCCCGGUCUUAAGUCCUCUGGUUUGGCUGGUUGGACAUCUUCGUUUCUGGGGUAAAGCUACAAAAUACUAUUUUUUAGUGUAGGGGUCCUUCAGCGGGCUCACAAAUGGUGCUCAAGUACUUACGUUUUUGUAUCAAUAUACAUUGUUGAGUAUGAAGUUCUAAGCUGCCAGGGUAAUAAUUAAGUGCAGGCGCCACGGUAUGUGCUGGUUGGUGAGGCUGAUGCCGAAAAUGUGGCCCACUGCUCGGACGGAGGAUGGGGCAACGUAUAGCGUGGUGGCAUUUUUGCUGUGACUGCUCGACCAAGAGGAGGAAGGUGUAUUAAGUAGCCGAUCAGGGGUCGGAGCAUUCAGUGAGCC